UGCGAGAGUUCAAUUUUGAAAGUUCUAAACAACAACAAAAGAAGUAUGCUCUGCAAUUAGUGGAUUUUAAGUGAACAUAUCGCUGCAAUGGCGACAAAACUUCACAAAGAUGAUAAAAAGGUACAGAAGCCUGUAUCGGUAUUAUCUAGGUGUAUUGCAAUCGUUUUGAAACCAAGAAAUCAACGCUCCGAAAAUGAAGGUUCUGAAACAGACCGGCCUCCAAGUACUAUUUUGGACCAUGGUAAUGUUGAUUUUACCAAGACUGGUAAAGAAAUGUUUCAAGAGUUUAGAACUGCUAAUAAGAACUGCUAUUGGAAUUCACAACUUGAUGAGUGUACCUAUAAUGUAAAAUAUGUUGGAUACAUCGAGCCUUAUACUUUACUCGUUGGCGGAAAAGAUACCCACUUGGAUACAUUACGCAGCACCUGGGCAAAACGAAUCCUCAAAGCACCCAAAGGAUACAUCAUACAGAAAUUAGGUGAAAUAACAGGUUUAGAAAUGACCCCUGUGCAACAGACGCAAUAUAUACCCCUACCCGAUGCUCUCUGUCUGAUCGUGACGGCCCUCAAUGAUGCCCACAUCCUGGCAACUCUAGAAGUCAUCAGAGAGAGGCUACAACGAGCCUACAAGGGUAUCAACUCACCAUCAGAACAAGUGGUCUAUGACACGCUAUCAACUCUUAUUUCUGAGAAGAAACUCUAUCACAAUGGCAAAGGCUACUACAUUGUUACCCCAGAGACGUAUAAUAUAUCGCUACAGUUCAAGGGUCACCCUUAUGUAUUUAAUGCCCCCCAGGCUCCUCCCCCGCCACCCCCACCCCCUCCAGCACCCCCCAAGCCAGUUUAUAUCCCCGUACCCACAAACAACACUGCGGAAAUGUGCUCUAUAUCAUGUCAAACAAACUUCGAUGCUGCAGCUGCAGCAGCCAAAGCUGCCAUAAAAGAAAAUAUCAACCCAAAAGCAAACUUUGAACGCAGCGCAUCAGUGAGGGUACCUAAAAAUGCGAAGAAAGAAGAAAAGGCAUUGAUCCCACGUAGCAAAUCUAUGAGGUUUUCAGAAGAGAAGAGUAAGCAAGUUGUGAGAGAUAUCAACCUGAAGACCAGUAAUGUGCACCAGGAGAAAGAUAAAGCUGAGAAAAAGUCCAUACUGAGUAAACUAUUUGGAAGAAAUAAAGGAUCUAAGAAAAAACCCGUGGAACAAGAGGGAGAAGUUCAUGUCAAACCUCCCAUACAGGAAGUGGAAUAUGCUACAUUCUCUGCUCAGUUCCCGCCCCCAGAUAUGCAAAUCUCCCAAUUGAAUGACUCCAAGGAGACAGGAACGCCAUUCAUCCCACCAGCUAAUGGCUUCACCCCUGAGGCGACACAUGCGCAUAUAUUGCGAUAUCUAAAGGAGACGGCUCCUUAUGUACAGAAUGGUAUCCCUCCGGAGUUAGCGAAUUCAGUGUAUGGAGGAACCCAUAGUGGUUCUGGAUGUCCCGUACAUGACACACAAACCAAAAAUAGGCCUAAUAUAGAGGGCAGGCCUAGUACUGACAAACAAGAACAACCACAAAUAAAUUUCAUGCAUGGUGAUGAAGUUUUACAUGAAAAUCAUUGUCCAUAUAAGGAUUUAAUGGAUGAUAAAUCGACUGAACUUGAGAGUGAGGGAAUACCUAAGGUGCGUAAAUUCAGGAAAAAGCGACAACGGGAUAAAUUACGAGAAAGAAACCAGUUUGAAUCAGUAAGUGAAGAGGUUGAGAAUAACAAUAUAAUAAAUCAAGAACAUCCGAUAAAUGGUCACGAGGAAUCUGCGAUCCAUGAGAUGCCUACACAUGCUCAUAUGCAGAAACACAUAGGAUUAUUCUUUCAAAGUCAAAUGAUGCGACAACAACAAAAGCAACAACCAAAUGUACAACCUGGAUUCAAUGCCACACCUAGUGGUUUCCAUGGUAACGAUAUAUCUGUUCAGUACCAUGGUAAAAUGCCCAAGAAAAACUCAAUGAAAACAAAAUCAUGUGACAGCGGGGUAAAUGCAAUAGGACUUAACCUAAGCCAUGAAGAACGACGUGCCGAAAGAGCAGCGAGACGGAAGCGGGAAUUACGUGAGGAUUCCCGCAUUCAGCGUGAAGAUCCACAAUCUCAAUAUCCCGAUGAGGAUCUACAUCAGCAGGCGCCAAACAUGAUAUCGCAUAAACAAUUGGCUUACCAACAACUUGCAGCUAUGAAACAGUCCAGCCCCAUAGAACCGAAUAUCAUCAUAAACCAUAGUCAGAAUUCAUCAAUGUUCCAACAACACUCAUUUGGUGAUUCUCAAAUCCGAGAUACAUCAUUGGACUCACAUAUAAAACACAGUACCCCUAUUGAACAUUCACAGCGAAGUUCCAGCGAGCCUCGACAACAUAGUAAUGACAAUAGUAUGAAUAUGAUUAAUGUGCCUACAAAUUCACCCGAGACUCAUAUCUCAACAAUUGACGAUACUCAUAAAUUAAAUUCAAAACCUGUAUAUCCUUUAAAAAAGGAUGUGACCCGAUCUCGGGGGCGCCGUGGUAAAAAUGAAAUCCCAGAUAGCGGUCUCGGGAGUACUCACACAACUGACCAAUCAGAUUAUAACAAAUAUAGUAGCAUAUCUACGUGUGAAGGGAUGGAAUUUGAACAUAAUCCAGCGAGGAAGUAUAUCGAUAGAGUUCGCCAGGGAAGGAAUGUUCUUCCGGAUAUUUCUGACAAAGAGCGAAGUAGGGAAACACUUCAAGCACAUUCUCAGGAGAAUAUUCCCUCACAUAUCAAAGGAUCCCAUUUACAGCAGGAGAACACUCCCAAUUUUAAAGUUCCCAGAGUGCCUCAUCCUCAUUUGCAAUCAUCAAUGCCCGAAUCGGCCCACUCAAUGACACAAUCGCAAUCUGAGAACUCCAUGCAGGGCGGUAAAAAUCAGUUGCGACAAACUCGUAAUAAAAAUUCCAAAAGUCAUGAAUACAAAAGACAUUCAUAUAAUGGCAGUUUGAAUGGACUUGACACUGCUAUUCAUAAAGACCCUCAUAUUAAUGGUAAUUCAGUGGAAACCACAAUGUACAAUGACUCUUAUAACCAUAGGAUAAAAGGCAUAUCCAAUGGGAUGGACCUCCCUAUGUAUAAAGAAACUGAUUUAGAUGCAAAUAGCGAUAAAAUGGCUCGGUCAAAAAAAAAUGGGAGAGAGUAUGGGCCUUUAUAGCCCAACUGAAAUUACAAUAAGGGAAUUAAAGUGAAACAAAUCUAGAAAUAGUAAUAACC